AUGGACCCGGCGGUGGCGACGGGAGCUUCGCUGGCGACCGGAGGGCGUGCGGGUGGUAAUAAAGCAGCCACCAGCCCUCUGGAAAACUACCAUCUGGCUCGACGGCGGACCCUACAGGUAGCGGUGAGCGCCCUCCUGACAGAGUGUGGCUUCGACUGCGCCGAGAAGGCCGCUGUGGAGACGCUCACUGAAAUGAUGCAGAGUUAUAUAACGGAAAUUGGGCGCUGUGCUAAAUCAUAUUGUGAACACACGGCCAGGAGUAUUCCAACUCUCUCCGAUACGGUGGUGACGCUUAUUGAAAUGGGCUUCAACGUGGAGACGCUGCCCGUAUACGCCAAGCGCUCCCAGAGGAUGGUCAUCACCGCACCUCCGAUCACCAACCACCCAAUGACCCCCAAAGCUUUGUCAGCCGGACAGAAGCGCACGCACCCGCCUCACAUUCCUAGCCACUACCCGGAAUUCCCGGACCCGCACACCUACAUCAAAACCCCCACAUUCCGGGAACCCGUAUCGGACUAUCAGGUGGUGCGCGAGAAAGCGGCGACUCAGAGGCGGGACGUGGAGCGAGCGCUCACGCGCUUCAUGGCCAAGACCAGCAAAACGCAGAGCCUCUUCAAAGAUGACAUCACUGCCUUCCCGCUGAUCGCCGCACAGCCGAGCGCCAUCCCUUAUCUCAGCGCCCUCUUGCCGUCCGAGCUGGAGCUACAAACGCUGGAGGACGCGGAUUCGUUGGAGCAGGACGACCAGACGGACGGCGACAACGCCGCUGGCAACAUCAUGAGCGACGAGUUGUCGGUGGACAAAGAGAACGCCAUGCUUCCUCCGGGGGGCGCUAUUCCGCCCACAAAAGUCUGCGAGGAUAACGUGAUUGACAACCCGUACUUGCGGCCUGUAAAGAAACCCAAAGUGAGGAGGAAGAAAUGA